UGUCAAACAAUUUUGUUGACAUUUCUCACAAUUUUCGUUGAAAAAACCAUGUAAUGCGCCCCAAUUGAGUGCCCCCAUAAUGAACAGUGGUGAAAGUGACUCCGAAUCGAGCAAUUCGUGCAGUGACAAAACCAUCAUUGAUAAAAUCCUUGGCGAGAUGAAAAGUGAAUUUAAUAGCCCCCAUGACGCCCCCAUAAAGACCGAAACGGACGAAGAGGAGAAACCUCGUAUCAUUCUCUCGUUCAAGAAGCCAAAUUCGUGUGAUUCACCUCUCGGGGGGCGACGCUCCCUUCGUCGCAAGAACUCCGAUUCUGAGAAGCCCGAAUUGAAGAGAUCAGCCCGAAGACGCAGUAAAGACUGCUCUGAGUCGGUAUUACAGAGUGCAAUAGCGCGAAAGGAGAAAUCCUAUAACGAGUCAAAUAAGCCCCAAAGACUCACGAGACAAUUGAAGCCGACACAGAAAAUUCUUGAGAAUUUAGCGUUGGCGAAAAUGGAGAAAAAUCGAUUUUUUGAGUGUGAGGAAAGCGAAAGACUUGUGAAAAAACACAAACAUAAGCAUAAUAAGUGUCGGAGGGUGAAGAGGGCGAAAUUGGGGCAAGGGGAUAGUGAGAAAGAGACGGAUUCGGAUGAAGGGGGCUGUCGGAGGAACAAGAGUGAAAUUGUGGAUGAAGAUGAGGAGUAUGAGGGAGCCAAAGAGACGUGUUUGUGUCGGAAGACGACUAGAUUCUUUCUCGCGACGAAUGAGGAAACGGCCUACUGCGCUGCUGUGGACAGCAUCGAUGAUAAACUAAUCGGUUGUGGACGCACUGUAGUAACCAAAGACUUGAUGUUAUUGCGACCUUCAACCCGAGUUCCAUACACGAUUUUUUGCGAUUUGCAUAAAAAUCGUCUUUUGCGUCACAAUUGUUGUCCAACAUGUGGUAUUUUUUGUACACAGGGACGUUUCGUCGAAUGUGAGAAUAAACAUCAGUAUCACAAAGACUGUCAUUUGUCAAUAGGCGACAUUGAUUGUUGUCCACAUUGUGGCAUUUCUGGUAUUUCUUAUCAAGUUGAUAUUGUGAUGCAAUUGGGGAAAAAACCGGUUUUUUUACCGGUACAAAAGGCCCAAUAUAUUACGGCAAGAAUGACAUUUUCGACUCUUAAAACAGAAGAAAUGAAAUGUUUAACGCCACCUUUGAUUCCAAUAGGAUCAUUUGAAUUAGAAAAUUCAUUCGAAUAUGGCGACGAAGUGUACGAAAUGAACGAAUUAAUUGUUGCAGUCAAAAAUAACGCUUUGGAAAAAAUCGCCACGAUUUUAGGUUCGAAAACACUCGAUGUCAAUACCAAAAUCCCAGAAUGCCAUGACGGUACAAUACUGCAUCUAGCGGCUGAAAAAGGCAACGUUUCGAUCGUUCAUAUGCUUGUCGUAGCCGGGACACAAACCGAUAUCUACGAUAAGGAUCAAAACACACCUUUAAUGGCGGCCGUAAUGGCCGCCAAUAACGAAACAGUUCGUUAUUUAAUUAAAACAGGCGCUGAUAUUCAUCUUAAGGGCACUGAUGGUAUGACUGCGCUCCAUCUAGCGGCAAAAUGUGGUAAUUUACAAGCAUGUCAAUUACUCGUUGAAAAUUCCCCACGUAAAUCAGUCAAUUGUCAAGAUGAUGGUGGUUGGACACCCCUAGUAUGGGCAUGUGAGCAUGGUUAUGGCAACGUUGCCGAUUUUCUCAUAGUGAAGGGGGCGGAUCCAUCUAUACGUGAUGUUGAACAUAAUGUUGCACUUCAUUGGGCGGCAUUUAGUGGCAGUUGUCACAUUGCCGGUCUCUUAUUGGAUAAAGGGUGUGACGUGAAUGCAAUCAACGCCCAUGGUGACACGCCCCUACAUAUAGGGGCACGUCAGGAUAUGUACGAUUGUAACAUUGUUUUAUUAGCAAGGGGGGCUGAUGUCACACUUUUGAAUAAAAAUAACGAGUCACCAUUGGAUUGUGUACCAGCUGGAGGGGAUUCCUAUAGUGUGAUUGCGUUAAAUGUGACACUAGGGGGCGGUUACAACAGUCAAAACGUCGUUUUGUGCAAUGAUAUUACUAAGGGACGUGAAAGUAAUCCAAUUCAAUGUUACAACAGUGUUGACAAUGAUACCUACCCAAAUGAUUUCAAAUAUGUGACAAAAAAUUGUAUAACGUCAGAUGAUGUUAAAAUUGACACAAAAAUCACUGAUUUACAGUGUUGCCAAUGUGAGGAACGUUGUGUUGAUGAUGAGUGUCAAUGUGGUAAAUUAUCGCUACGAUGUUGGUACGAUGAGGAAGGUAAAUUAAUCCCUGACUUUAAUUAUGUUGAUAUACCAAUGAUUUUUGAAUGCAACGAUAGAUGUCAGUGUAAUGCAAUUACGUGCAAUAAUCGUGUUGUCCAAAAAGGUCCAAAUCAACGAUUUGAAUUAUUUAAAACUUUGGAUAGAGGUUGGGGAAUUCGUAGUUUGCGUCCGAUUCCUAGAGGGAGCUUUGUAUGCGAAUAUAUCGGUGAGAUUAUCACCGAUUCUGAAGCUGAUAAGCGUGAAGAUGAUAGUUUUUUGUUCGAUUUGGAGAAUCGUGUAUGCAAAAAUCAAGAUGUAGAUUCCUACUGUAUCGACGCAAAAUUCUACGGGAAUUUUGCACGUUUUAUUAAUCAUUCCUGUAGUCCUAAUUUAACAUCAAUUAAAGUUUUUAUCGAUCAUCAAGAUUUGAGGUUUCCAAGGAUUGCGUUUUUCGCAAAUCGGGAUAUUUCAGGAGAGGAGGAAUUGAGUUUUGAUUAUGGAGAAAAAUUCUGGAUGGCGAAAUAUAAAUUAUUUUCGUGUCUUUGUGGCAGUUUAGAGUGUAAAUAUUCAGAGGAUACGAUUGGAAUGACAAUGAGGGAUCAUCAAGGUUAGGGUUUUUGAGGUUAGAAUUGUUAUUUCUUGCCAAUUCCAAUUUUUUUAAACGACUGAUUUCGUUAUUUAUUGUUUUUGUAAGUUUAUUUAUUUGGAAGGUUUAAAAUAAAACAAUUAAGUGUU